AUGCUCCUGGCGAAGCACCCCGAGGCUCAGGAGAAAGCAAGAGUCGAACUCGACAGAGUCUGUGGCGCAGAAAGACUUCCCAACUGGUCUGACUUCAAGAGCUUGCCGUACAUUAAUUGCAUCGUGAAAGAAGGGUUGCGGGUAAAACCAGUAGUACCAACCGGCGUACCUCAUGCAUCCAAGCAGGACCGAUGGUACGGUGACAUGUUCAUCCCAGCUGGCUCUUCUAUCUUCAUUCCAGCAUACGCACUCAAUCACAAUAGCGACUUGUCACCGGACCCUUUCACCUACAACCCAGACCGCUACAUCCCUGUCGCCGACAAACUCGCACCUGAACUCGCCGCUUCGCCCAAGUACGAAGAGCGUGAUCACUACUCGUACGGUGUGGGGCGACGAAUGUGCGCCGGGCUACAUCUUGCCGAGCGGUCUCAAUGGCGUAUGGUAGCACAGAUUCUCUGGGCAUUCAAGAUCGAGCCAGCGAUUGGACCCGACGGAAAGGAGGUCGAACUAGAUUCGAGCCCUGAAGGGUACAUUGAGGGGUUGUUACACACGCCUAAGAAAUACAAGGUGAAGUUUGUCCCGAGGAGCGAGAAGCAUGUCGAUGUCAUACGACAAAGUUUUGAUGAGGCCGUGGAGUUUUUGAAGCAAUGGGAGUAA